UACAGCUGUGACGUGCUAGUGGAAGUGGCUCUUGCGAAAAUGUCGCAACGUAUUCAAUUAGGUUCAAUCACUUACUGAUUACUAAUUGCUAAGGACGGACACCAACACCAAAGAGAUCGUGUUGUUGUUGUUGUUGCCUGUGCGCCAAAUAUUUAAAUUCACAAGAUCACUAUAAACUUUGCACCUCUUACUCGUCCGCUUGAAGUUGGAGUCGGCGUAGCGAUGGCCGAGUCCGGUAUUGAUUUGGGCUACGACAUGGCGAUCGAUUUAAACUAUCUUCAAGAUUCGGAUAUGGACUUUUUAACAAAUGUUACAGUUGCUGGACGUAAUUCUGGAGAUGUAGAAUUCUAUGAAUUGAAAUCAAAAAGCUCUCUACCGGAGGAAAAACCAAAUUUCAAGAACGUGGUCACUACGUCCCGCACCCAACUGAGGCUCGCCCUCCAGCGCGAACAGCAACAACAACAGCAAAUGCAAAAUGUUUGUGUGGGAGGACCAUCGGAUGUCAUGGGCAAUGGCAAUAGCAAUGGCAACAGCAUGUGCGAUAGCACUGCCUCCAGUCUGGAUCAAAUACUUAUGCAAAAGGAUCGCAUGCCCACCUCAAGCCCAGUGCCGCUCAAAGUACCGCUGCAAAGCAUUGGUGUUGAUGUUCCCCCUCAAGUGCUGCAGGUUAGCACUGUCCUCGAGAAUCCCACCAGAUAUCAUGUUAUACAAAAGCAAAAGAACCAAGUGAGGCAGUACCUUAGUGAAUCAUUUAAGCCAUCGCCUUGGAAUUGUCAAAAUUUUGAUAAUAAGACCGCAAAUACCUCUGCUUCUACCGGAAAUCUACAGAGCACAGCUCUAGCCAAUAGAGGAGCUCAUAUAGAUCGGCCAAAUAGUUUCGGCGGAGAUGCUGCCUCAGCAAUGAGUAAUUUCAACAACUCGCCAUGCAAUAUGCAGCUAACACCACAAUCGGGACCGAACUUAAGGAUGUCUUUAUUAUCGGAUGAUUCGGUCCACAAUUCGCCGUUUGGUGGCGGUGGCUGUCCAAGUAGUGGCAGCUGCAAUCCAGGCAAUCAGUUCUUAAUGGCUGGCAUGGAUCAGAGCAUGACAGAGCCAAAUGGAUUGAAACAGAAGAAUCAAUUGUUCAACAAACUUAAUUCAAACUUGAAUUCUUCCGUGGGUGCUCGAUCUUCGGCCGGCAUCGGAAAUGCAAUGCGUAAUAAUAAUUAUUCUGGAGCUACCACGGCAAGUCCACUGCAUUGUACGUCAGCUCCCAUGUCUCCGAGUCUGAGUUCGGUGGCCACGAGUGCCUCAGAGCAACCCUCAUACUCUUUCGACAGCGAUGUGGACGACAUUUUUGAUGAAUACCUUCCAAGCGAGCCCUUCAAUUUUGACAAGAACUUCGGCUCAGAGUUGUCCAUCAAGCAGGAGCCGCAGAGCUUGACGGAUGCCGAAAUAAAUGCGCUGGCAAAGGAUCGGCAAAAGAAGGAUAAUCACAAUAUGAUUGAAAGACGGCGACGUUUCAACAUUAAUGAUCGCAUCAAGGAGCUGGGCACCCUCCUGCCCAAAGGCAGUGAGGCGUUCUAUGAGGUUGUCCGCGACAUAAGACCCAACAAGGGUACUAUACUUAAAUCAUCCGUUGACUACAUUAAAUGCUUGAAACACGAAAUAUCUCGCUUGCAAAAGAACGAAUGCCGUCAGCGACAAAUGGAGGUUCAGAAUCGAAAGCUCAUAUCACGCAUUCGGGAGUUGGAAAUGCAAGCAAAAUCACAUGGCAUUCCACUGUCAGACUACAAUCUGACCUCAGUGUCGGCACCCACGCCUGCCAGCUCCUAUUUAAAGAGCACUAGUCCCACACUAUCCGCCGUAGAAAGUCGCCACUCCACGCCACUGAUAGAUGAUGUUGUCGAUGGCAAGCUUCCAGUGAUAAGCAGCGAACCUAGUCUGGGCAUGAACCAAAUGGACGAGCUCAUGGAGGACAAACAUCCGAUGCAGGUGCAGGGUGGGGAUCCUAUGUUGUCAUCGCACAGCAGCCAUCUGCUGUCGGCCCCCCACUCGCCCACGGCGGCCCAGCUCCAAUAUGCGAGCAACAGCUUUGGCGGCAAGGGCAGCUCAGAGAAUGGGGUGCUCUACAAUGGAGGGGGUGGUGGGGCGCAUCUCAUCGACGAUCUGCACAGUUGUAGUGGAGCGAGCAACGGCAGUUGCUGCAACGUGGGUUGCGGGACGGCCAGCAGCAGCGGCUGCUGCAACCAUCGGCACCAUCACCACACCAUGAAUCAGCACCACCACAAUCACAGCCACAACCAUAACCACGGUCAUGGCAGCCAUGGAAGCAACAGGCACGGGCACAGAGAGAGCAAUCAGUCCAAUAACAUUUUGGACAUGCUCGCCCAUGAUCCCUUGCUCUCCUCAUCGCAUCGUUCGCAUGUGGGUGGCGUCGAUGACGAUCCACACGCGUCCGUAGAUUUGUCGGCGGCCAUUAUAAAUGAUUCGCUUUCGCUCGUCGACGAGGCACACAGCGAGCCCAUGCUCCUCUCCCAGGACUCUCUGGGCAUCGACCUCUGAGUGUUGCACUCGGAAUGGGGAGCACAAAUCAAAACUAAAACUAAAAAUGCAGUGAACACAACAAAGUCGCACUUUUUCUAUGCACCAGUUCAAAAAACAACAACAACAACAACAACAGAUGAAACAACAAGGAAACAAUAUAGGUCCCUAAGUAUUAUUGAUCGCCGAAGCUAGCCAAAACAAACAAAACGGUUUUCGGUUGUUGCUAUACAAAAUAUACACACAUAGUUACAUAUGUACAUAUAUACAUCUAUGUAUGCAUGUAUGUGUGUGUAUGUGGAUAUGUGUGCUUGUAUCCAGCAUACAUACAUAAAUAGAUCAUUUUUCUGUACUGUACAACGUUAAGAUAUUCGUUAAUUAGAUUUAAUCACUAGACAAAUGUCACAAUCCUUUUUGGUUCUGAUUUCAAUGCAUCAUAAACCUAAGCAUCAAGCUUAUAAUACGUACAAUACAUACGUACAAACUUACAUACAUACAUACAUACAUAUACAAUAGAAAAAAGCUAAACAUGCGUAUCUACAAAUUUUUUAUACAGAUCGCCAUCGAUCCGGUGCCAAAAACAAAAAACAAAAAAAAUUACAAAUCGGUCCUAUCCCAAGUGCCUUUUAGAUACAUACUUGUAUAUGUAUAACACAUACAUGGAUGGAACCUUGUAGACAAUAUUAUACUUCGUUGAAAUUUGCUCAAUUACUAUGCAUAUACAUACAUCUAUGCACAUAUGUAUGUAUGUAUAUAUAUAUAUAUAUAUAUACAUAUAUAGAGAUGGAGUGGUGCACACCAUCAUUGGGAACCACUCGGAAUUGUACCAAGCGUUUAUACGAAGCCAGAGAUGAUGAGUUGAUGUUAUGGAGUGUUUAUUUAAGAUGAUCCCAUCCGAUCGAUCCAUCAGUUUGUUCGAUUUCAGCUCACUCUCACGAUAUAUUGUAGCAUCGUUUAAACGUACUUACACAUACAUAGAUAAGCACAAAUGCAAACAAACACAAUACAUACACACGCACAAUGUCUAUGUAGAUAGAUCAUGCAUUCCAAUGAAUAUACAUAGUAUACCGGCUAUUUGCUCAGUUUGAAUUGUAGCCUAAGCGUCCUCUUGUACUUAUCUUCAUUUACUUGUAUUCAAUAUUUAACUGUAGUCUCCGAGUUUCUCUUUCCUACACACACACACACACACAACAACAACAACAACCACAAAAACAACAAGCGCGUGCAUAAUAAAAUCCAACAAGUUGCUUCUUUAGCCAUUUUUGCAUGAAGUACGAACGUUACGUAUGUAUGUGUCGUAGCAAUAGAAUUAUACACAAAUGUUAUUAUUUUACUCUUUUUUUUUAUCAUUGUUGAUGCCGUUGCCCACUGAUAAGGCGGCAUAUAACUAAGGUACAGGCUAAGAGCAUGUACGUUUAUCUCUAUGUUUGUAUGUGUAUGUUAAAGUUUUAAAAUACAUAUAAACGCUG